AUGUCUAGUGCAAAGCGAAAGGCGACCGAUAUUGGAAGGGACAAGAAGCCCUCCAGGGCGGGGACGAGUACACUCUCCCCAAAUGAUAGCACCGACAGAAGGAUUCUCGACAUCAAGGAUUUGGACCUUGAAUCGCCUUGGAAGGGGGCGAUUGAAACUAUUUCUGGGCCCGAACGCCCUAAGAAAUACCGGCCAUGGCCGUGUGAAGAGAGAAUGGAACCUGUGUACAAAGCAGAAGAUCUACCCGAGGACUGGCACAUGAAUGAGGAUGACCUCGACCCCAGCGAUAUUGAUGGUCAAAUCGAGCGAUGCAAGGAGAGAAUCAAAGAAAAUAUAAGACCAUAUAUUUUUGAGCACAAACUGAAAGCGUAUGAAAUAUCAAAGCAACAGAUUAAGGACGAGCUUAAAAGCCAGCCCAGGGCGCGCACCAUCGAAGUUGCUUCACGGUUAAAUGGCCUCGGGGAAAUGAAGUCCAACAUAGAGAGGGGCAUUGAUAGUGACAAAGAUAAGCAACUACCUAAUAUCAAAUCUAUCAUGUAUGCUUAUGAGAACCAUCAUUUGGAUUGGACUCCGGGCUUGGUCACUUAUUGGUCAAAGGGCCAACCGCUCUGUGCGCCCAGACCGUUCGAUUGGGAUGAGUUUGAAGCCAUCAAUAAAGCCAACGAGGGCCAUGAAUCCUUUUGGGUAGAGGGUCUAUUUGGUAAUGUAGCUCGGUUUGUGGGUGCUGAGGCAAUAACACUCGGUCUACUUAAAGGGGCCUCCAAUCUCGCAAAUCUCACAGAGGUCCUAAUAACCCUCCGCAUUCCAGGCUAUGAGAAUUGGGUCACUCUUACCUUCUGCCACGACACUGGAUGCGAUCUAAUGACCUUGUAUGAGGGCGAUAUACGACCAUUGAUGGGACGCCAGGGACCCCCAGAGAAACCUUAUAUUCCCGUUAUGGGGUAUGGGAAAUCGUAUGGUGUAGCUGGUACUUCAAGGGUCCAGUAUUUCGAGCUGGAAGCCACAAUCCUGGACAGCUAUGGGCGUAGAAUGACGCCAUGGACGAGAGUCUGGUGCACAGCCGAAAAAGGCGACUGGUCACCUACCGCAAGAAUUCCCAGAUUGGAUGGUCCGCUUCUCAGAACGAUGCUGUUCACUGCUUCUGCGCCUGAUCAAUCGGGGAACACGUAUGUUUGCCAUCAAAAGACGCCACUGUUCAAAAAGAUACCAGCAGUGGAUCUUCUAACAAACCCGCCGGAUAUGUCACGCCACGCGUUUCCAAUGAAAAAGCAUCCUCCUGGUUCAGUGAUAAUGCCUACAACAGGUCCACUCCCGAAAAAUCUUGCGACCACGACCUCCCCACCCAACGCACCUGGCCUUCCUCCUGCUGGAUAUCAAUAA